CAUAUACCAGACUGCAGCGCAACGGACAAGGAGUGUUUCGUCUAUGCUCUGAACGGUUGGAUUUUUGUCUUGAGAUCGCCCAAACUCAAAAACUGAAGAAAAAAAAUGGCAACAGGUUACACACGGUUUGAGAAUGAUGCCACGCCCCAUCCCAGUGCUGGGCCCCCAGCGGGGCAAGUUUAUGGCCCGCCCCCACCUUACUUCGGCGGACCUCUAGGUAGCACACCGGCCAUUUGCUCUCAGCCUCAGACUAUUUACGCGAAUGUGGCGCCCAUGCAAACCGUAGUAGAUGUUCGCGUCCCGGUCGUCGUCAGGAAUUACAUUGGGUGUGCCGUCAUGGCUCUGCACUGCUGCCCCCUGUUUGGAAUUGCAGCCUUGAUCUUUUCUUGCAUGGUGCGCCCACGUUUGCAAGCUGGAGACAUCGAAGGCGCAAGGUGUGCCUCGAAAAGUGCGCUGGUUCUCAGUCUCCUCAGUGUUUUGUUUCUCAUAGUAACGACCAUUAUCGUGGUGAUCAUUUCGAUGGUCGUGAUCAAUUCUGCCGCUGGGCUAAAUGAUGAUUCGGUUUAUGAGAUACCGUCAUCAGAGAGGAUUAUUUAGCUUUUUUUUUGCUCGUUUCGAACGACUCCACUCGAAGUUCACAGAAAAAUAAAGAAAAAAAAACUGUAGACAUUUUCAACUCGGUGAAGUAACCUUUGUUUUUCUUGAAAAAAAAAAAAAUAAGCCAUGAACAUUCUUGGUAUCACGGAAUGCGAUGUCUUCUAUAGAACUCCAUAUUGAGGACCAAUGGUUGGAAAUCAAUUACAUAUUGCUUCUCAAACGACAGCAAGCCAGUUUUUUUUUAAUACUUAUUCGCUAUGUUACUUUUGGGAUACAUGUUAAGUGUUAUUGUGCUGAUCAUUCUCACCGAAUAAAACGUCCUCUGGGUUUUUUUUUACUGCCUAGGCCCUAUUAGCCGAAAAAGCAAUAAGGAUACAGAACGGAUUUAUUUUACAUCAGGUAAAUAUUUGUAUAAACAUGUGACAGGUCUUUAAGAAGUGUAUUAAAUAGGUAAUUGUUUUAUAUAUAUAUAUACAUUUUUACAA